AUGGCGCGCUUGGAAGAUGCAGGCGAUGAUGUGGAAAUCACCAGCGAACUUCUGAAAUUAAUUCAAAUGCAGCAGCGCGUGAAGGACAUGGUCAAACGUUGCGAGGAGAUUGUAUCGCUACCUUUUCUCGUGCAGAUUAUAUUCAGUUCGAUGAUUAUUUGUUUUACAGCUUAUUAUCUGCAAAGUUUAAGUUUCAGCAAUAAUCCAGCCGAUUUUGUAGCUAUGGUACAAUAUGGCUUCGUCAUGUCUUUGCAAAUAUUUUUGCCAUGCUAUUAUGCCAAUGAAUUGACGGCGGAAUCACUAAAUUUGAGUAAGCAACUGUACAGCUGCAAUUGGACGGACAUGUCUGCCUACAAUCGCCGUCUAAUUUAUCUCUAUAUGCAAGACUUAAAGCAGCCAAUUGCGCUGCGUGCAGGAAGCUAUUUCGAAAUCGGACUACAAGUUUUUUCAAAGACUAUGAACAACGCUUACACUCUACUGGCGCUUUUGGCGAACGUCGCCGAUGAGGAUGAGUAGAUUGGGUGUGCAUACAUAUGUACACAUAGCUUAACAUAUGUAUGUAUAUUUACAUGAACAGGGCCGUCGAGAAAAAAUCCAAGCCCGGAAGGUGAAUAUGUUCCGGGCUCUCCUCCACAAAAUAAUAUUUGCUUUUUAAAUGAAUUUUCAACGUUUGCCCUCUAUACUUAGUCAGUGAUGUUUUUCUUAGUUUGUGGUGUAUAAUUUUUUCUUUAAAAAAUUCGUCUAAAGGGAAUGGUUUUUACUAUCACGUUAAACCGGUACUUUC